AGGAAAUCGGAAGCAGGAAGUUCUGUUUUGUUAAUUCUUUGAUACAGAAGAUGGCGGCGAAGUUUGUGAAAAGGUUUCAGAGUUAUUCCGAAAGUGAUAAGCAGUGGCGUGCUAGAGAAGAGUUUCUGCUCCGGAAUUUGGAUGAUUUCCAGGGGGAAAACGAAAUGGACCUGUUGCUGGCUUUGUCUAUGGUUUGGGCGAACCAUGUCUUCAUGGGCUGCCGCUAUAGUGAUCAACUUUUGGAAAGAGUGAUGAGUAUGGCUGAAGGCAUAGAAGUAGAAGAUGCUCCACACUUUACCACUAGAGAUGACAUAAUGAAACAGCGUCGCUAGUCAUUUACGGACAAACCUCCCAGAUAUGGGUCUUGUGAGUUAAGAUGACAACUGCAUUGAAGACGACUGUGCAAUCAUGAGACAGAUAUAAAAUCUUCUGGACUGUUUAGUUUUUGAUUAGUGGAAAUAAACACCACAAAUCUAAAGAUAAAUUUAACCACGUUUUUUUUUUUUUUUUUUUUUUAAUUCGAUAUGAAUUUAUUUUUUACGUUAUUUUAAGUAAAGUUUUAAAGUAUUUUGUCUUUUAUUUGAUUGUCUGUGUGAACAUUUUAGGUCUUAUUUGUAGUUUCAGUGAAAUGUGUAUUAUUUUGAUACUACUAUUGCAGCCUUAUUGUGUAUGCAAAUGUACAUUAUUUUUGUAAUAUCUCUAUAUACAGUCUCUUAUUAAAAAAAAAAA